CUUCAAAAUUGUUAACGUUUUAAUCAAACCACAUCAUAAAAAAGUUUUCUAAGACAUAAAAGUAAUCGUGUGCAAUGUGGUUCCUGGUUAUUAUACUGGCCAUAAUUCUUGGUGUCCUCUGCCUGGAGACGAUGUACUGGAAAUGCUGCGAGGAAAAGUUCUGCUUUGACAAGAAAAUCGCCGCUUACAAACUAGACGAUGAUCGUCCGAAUGCAUACUCGAACUGCUACGCCAACAUGGGCGCGAGCCUGGACAGCGUAGUCACAGAGCAGCCCAUCAACAACAACCACCUGCAGCAGAGAGACAUCAUCGGACGGCAGCUCAACGAGCUGCCUAUACAUGCUGACAAACUGUAUGAGGUAUUCUCCAAAUCGAUGAUAUUUAGAGACGACCACGAAUUAAAGUCCAAAGGCAGCAACGACUCUCUCGACGAACUUGAAACUAAAUCAGAACCAGACUACUUAGACAGACCAAACAGAACCAAAGUAUAUUUCGAAGAUGAAGUAGAUUCGCCAGUCACCGAUUUUGAAAUUAUGUUCAAAGAUGAACUUCUAGCAGGUCACGACAUGUUCAAAAUUGAGGAAGAAGAAGAAAGUGACAGUAAAAGCCAAGAUACUGAAGAGGGCCUAGUUAUGAACGUAGAAGUAAAGAAACAAGAUGUAAUAAAACCUACUACAGUGACAGUCAAAGAUGAAUCCAAGAUAACGACUCAGAGUUCCAUUUAUAAGUACGAUCCCGUGUCAGUUGUGGCCUUACCAUCUACACUGUCUUUACCAAGAGUUGAAAGCGUUAAGGGAAUCCUAAGAUUAAAAGGUGAAAGUAUACCUAGAAGUUUCAGUGCCAGGGCUUUGGAAAGAUUAGACAGUGGCAGUAAAUUAGCAAAACCAACUCUUAACAGAGUAGAGAGCUUAAAAAAUAUAGACCCUAUAAAAAUUAACAAAGUAUUAUCACGAGUGCCACACAGAAGUGCAUCUUUCUUAAAUAUACCAGAACAUUUAAUACCAGAAAAGCCACCGUUGACGAAGAGUAAUUCUACUAUAGGUGUGACGUCUUUAGACCAAGAAGUUAAACUAGGAAGGUUGCCGGACACUCCAAUAAUAAGGAGUAAUAAUCUGCCGAGAUUCUUCGCCGAUAGUCCUUCACUUCCAGAAUAUAAGGGCGAUACUAGCUUGCAAAGCAUUAAACAGAAAUCUGCACUGAUGCUGCAAGAGGAUUAUAGUAUGCCAAGGUACUACGGUUCAGCAACACCAAUGGAAAUAGCGCCAGUCCAUGAAAGCAAGUCUAUGCCUGAUUUGAGGAACCCCACGUCGACUGGUAAAGUUAGUAAAAGGUUAGUGAAAUUAAGGAGCAGGUUGAAACCUCUAGUUAUCAGAAAGAAUUCGGAUGAGAAGUUAUAGUUACAAAUAAUUUGAGAAGAGCUACUUCUUUCAUACUUCGCUUUUUAAUUUAUUCUUGGAAGUUGUUAAAUUUGUAAUGUUAUGAAGUUUAGUGUUGAUAUAAUAUAAUUGAUGUUCAACUAGAAGAACGAACAUAAGGAUCAAUUAGUCUAGAGUAGUCUAGACAAUAAUAUAAUAUACUGUAACCAAAUUGUGAUGAAUGAGAAUGAUUGUGAUUUCUAAAGUAGGAUAGUAUUAAUUUUAAUUUAUGAUGAUAGGAUUGGUGGACAUUGUCAAUAAUUUGUGCAAUUUUAUUAUUUCUUUAUGUAGGUAUUGAAAACACAUUUCCCGAUUGUUUGCUAAACAAAAUAUGGAACUGAGUAAAAUUUUAAAUGUUUAACUAUAGUUUCUAUUUUAUAAGUACGUACUUAAAGUUACUAGUUUUUGUCACAAAUAAAUUUCAUAUUUUAUUGAAAAAUAUUUAAAAAGGACGUUAGUAUUAUUAGGAUUAGCUUGAUCAGUAUUUAUUGCUCAAAACAUAAGUACCUUGAUGAAUUUAAGUGAAAUACUUAAUUUGGUAAUAACAACAAAUUAUUUUCUUGUAGGUGAUCCAUUUUAUUUUAUUAUCAUUUAUCUACUUUAAUAUUUGGCGCCGAGAUUAUUCGAACAGCGUAUAUAUUUACUUUUUUAAAAUAAUUUAAAUAUCAAAACAAUGGAAGAAUUUUGGAAGUUUUUUUUAGUUAUUACUAUUUUUUAUGAAUAUUAUUAUGUAAAUUACAAAUAAAUAAGUUCUUAAAUAAAUAACUGUACGUAAUGUUCAUGCUCCAUAUAA